AGGAAUAAUGACAGCAGACGACAGUUUACCCGAUACACAUCGUAUCAUUAAGAAAAUGCAUUACAAUUUCUUUAUUAAAUUACGUGUUGUUACGUUACCACAUUAAAAUCACAAAUGAGAAAGAACUGUAGUACUUGAACAUAUCUUUAAUGCUCAUAACGACAAAUUAUUCGUGAAAGUAUCGAACGUCUGCAAAAAGGAACACAACAUGGAAGUACUAGAUUCUAGUGUUUCGAGAGACGACCAGCCUUUGUGUAUCAAUGAUUCUUUAGAGCAGGUUAUUGUAAGAGACGUAUUGUCUGAUACAAAAUCAUGCAUAAAAGCAAGGCAUACAUUAGGUUUCUUAGGAUUUCUAGGAUUUGCACUUGUGUAUGCCAUGAGAGUGAAUCUGUCUAUAGCUAUUGUUUCAAUGGUUAAUCAAACAGCAAUACCACAUAGUGAUGACAAUGAUACCACAGAUAUUUGUCAUAAUGAAAACCCAAUUAAUGGAACAUUUAUACCAAGUGCAGGAGAAUUUAAUUGGGAUGAAAAGACACAAGGUGUUAUAUUAGGUGCUUUUUUCAUCGGUUAUGUAUCUACAAAUGUACCAGGUGGUAGAAUGGCAGAAAAAUUUGGUGGAAAGUUAAUAUAUGGAUUAGGAGUAUUUUUGACUGCUGUAUUGACUGUAAUUAGUCCUUUUGCAGCAUAUAUAGGAUUAGUACCAUUUGUAGCUGUACGAGUAGCCGAAGGAUUUACAGAGGGUGUUACAUUCCCUGCCAUGCAUAAUAUGUUAGCACACUGGGUACCACCUUUAGAAAGAAACAAAUUUGCUGCUAUGGUAUAUGCAGGUUCAAAUGUAGGAACUGUUAUAUCCCUACCAAUAAGUGCAUGGCUUUGUUCAUUAGAAUUUUGGGGUGGAUGGCCUCUUGCAUUUUAUUUAUUUGGAGGGCUUGGUAUUGUAUGGUAUGCAUUUUGGCUAAUAUAUGUGUUUGAUACACCUGCACAACAUAAAAAAAUUGAUCCUCUUGAAAGAGCAUACAUAGAGGCUACUGUUGAGAAGAAGGCAGAGGUCAAUGAUCCAGGUGUUCCUUGGUUAUCAAUAUUUACAUCAUUGCCCAUGUGGGCUAUAACUAUUACACAAUGUGGACAAUCAUGGGCAUUUUAUACACUUUUGACAGAAUUACCAACAUAUAUGGAUAAGAUUUUGCAUUUUGAUGUACAAAAGAAUGCAUACUUAGCAGCGUUGCCUUAUUUAAGUUCUUGGUUAGUCGGACUUGCUAUUUCAAGUUUCGCAGAUGCCCUCCUUGCCUAUCAGCUUUUAUCUCCAUUAACAUCAUUCAAGUUAUGGAAUACAGUGGCUUCAUUAGGACCCAGUCUCAGUUUUAUUGGUGCUAUUUGGGCUGAGUGUGAUGCUGUAACAGUUAUGAUGAUGCUCACUGUAUUAGGAUCUUUACAAGGCGCAGUUUACUCAGCAAAUCAGAUGAAUCAUAUUGCUUUGGCACCACAAUAUGCAGGAACUCUUUAUGGACUUACAAAUGCAGCAGCAAAUAUUUGUGGAUUUUUAGCUCCAUAUAUUAUUGGAAGUCUAAUUCAAGGACAUGAAACACUAGCACGUUGGCAUACAGUAUUUUGGUUGGCAGCAGGGAAUGACAAAAUUUCGUUAGACACGAAAUAUUUAAUAUGA